UCUUGUCCUAGACACAUCUCAGUAUUUCUGAAACAACUGUCGAGAACCAGCACUUUCGUACUACAAUCAUGUUCGACGAGCCAAUCUCAAGCUUUGUGUUCACCAACGAGGAGACGACCCAGACCUUCCACCACCAGUGGUUUGCCCAGGGCCAGUUGCACGAGUGUGCCACCUGCUACAGUUCAAUCGACGCAGAUGAGCCGCCUUCCCAGCAUUGGCUGCGUGGGGGAGAAGCUUCCCAGGGACUGCAGCUCACCAAGCAGCAACAAGCUGUCCUGGACAUCAUCGAAGCUCGCCAGAUUGAAACCUUCUUCUUCUGCGACGAGAGCUCCAAAGACAAGGUCGACCACUUUAUGGGUGAGACCUGUGCUAGGGGUAUCCCUGAAUUGCUCCGCUGGAUGUUCCAGAACAACACCGUGGCCGUGGAGUUUAAUCUGGCCUGUUACGUGAAUGCGAUGGACCAGGUGUUGAUCUUCCAGAGUGGUUCACUGAAGGUGGAUCACCACUACGACGUUGACGAGUCUGUGGGCGUGGUAUAUGAGAUGCUGAUGCAGAGAAUCGAGAACUACUUGAACUGCAGCAGUGAGUAUGGGAUGGCCGAGUGCAGCAUAACCAGGGUGAAGGUCCAGAUCAAGAGGAUUCGGGUGGACGCUGAGAGUCAGCCUGCGGAAUCAGCUUUCUUCGCCCUGCCCCUACAGCUGAAACAGGAGGAGGGUCUAGCCACCACAACCAGUCCUUCAACCAGCGAAUCUGAGUUGGCCAGCCUGCGCUCCGCCUACCUGAAGCACUUCCGCGAAUGCAAUGGAUACUUCCCGCCCAACAUGAGGGUCAAUCUCUACGGACUGCAACAGUGCAAAACCACCAAGGAGCUGUAUGUGGUGCCCUACCACAUCAGCGAAACCCUCCAGCAGCUGCCCAACAAGAACUUCCUCAUCCUGAACAACAUCAUGGGACAGUUCCAGCGUCUCCACGAGCUCUCCACGCCCGUCAAGUCCAUCGAGAGGGACCACACCAGCUCACCCCUGAAGGACCUUCACUGCCGGAGGUGCCGCACCCAGUUUUCGAGGAGCAGCAAGCUGCACAUCCACCAGAAGUUGCGCUGCGGCCAGGACUUCUCAGUGGACAGCAUGCACGCGGACAUAGUCGAGAUCUAUGAACAGUGCCUGCCCAUAUCAAGGAACGUCUUUCAGCACGCUUGCUACGGUAUCACCAAGCCCAAGACCGUGAUGCGGAAGGGUCAGUUUGUGCCCAUCGAGUGCGACUGGCGCAGCGAGAGCUCCGUGAAGGUGCAACACGGCCCCUGUGUGGUCAUUAGCAACGCCCAACACAGUAGUCCCUGUAAAUUUUAUUAAAUAAAAAAUAAUUAUUAAGCACCAAGUCAAUUCUUUUUUUAACUGUGGUGGAAAAGCUUUUCAAAAUGAAUUACAGCUACUUUAUGUACUAAAAUCAAUUUUAUAAAUAUACCCCUUGUUGCAAAGAUAGUGGUCACCCAAAUUUAUGUAAACUGUAC